AGUAAGCAGUAGUUGGGGGAAGGGAGGAAGCCAGCCUGCAGGAAAGCAACUCCUGUAGCCGCUUCUUUUUUUCUUUCUGGAAUUGUGCUUGCUUGUGCCUCCCAGCAAAUAGCAAUCAUCCAUCCCGGGCUGAGGAAAAAAAAACAAGUCUGGAGUUGGGGAAUGUAAAGCUUCAGUGCGAGGGCCGAGGGGGGUGAUCAGAGAGCAGAAAAGAGCCAGAACUGAUUAUUCAUUCAGGUUGGAAGCAGGAAGCAAGGGAGGCAGUGGCUCAGUCACCUCUAGCACUGCAACCAGGAGGUCGGCUCCUGCCUUCUACCAGGAAGGGGACACAAAAAGGAAUCGGGCACCUGCUGGGAAUUGCAGACGGGACCAUUGCCUUACUAUUGACAUUUGUCCUUUAAGUUUGCCCUAAGCAAAGUGCCCGAGGAGAUGAAGCAGGUCCCGUGUUGCAGAUUGGAUUUAUCUUAGUCUAUCACUGCCUGACUGCGGCCGUAGAGGGAUUUGUCUUUUAUGCUGGGCUGAUGGCGUUAGCCCCUUGGCACUGGGGCAAUGGUCAGCGCGUGGGAGUCCAUAGGAGGCCCUGGCUGAACUCCCCGUUCUCGCAUUUUGGAUUUGCUGCUUUUUUUUACUAGGGAAACAUUCUUAAAGUUCUUUUCCUUAGAACAAUUUGGCUUUGGGUAGUGUGUGGAAUAAAGGACAGGCACAUUCGAUAUGUCAGGAAAUUGAUAAUGGAAAGAGAAUUGUGUUUUUUUAGGCACUUGGAUCUUGUUCUUGCAGAAGGUGCAUGCUGGUCUUAGGCACCUGCAAUGUAUUACCUCCUCCCAGGGAUUUGUUCAUAGAAUCAUCUGCUGCUCUUGGACAGCACAGUGUUGGCUUGAGUGCACAUCUACCAGCAUGGAGAACCUGGAGCCAAGAGCUGGGCAGGAGAUGUUUUUACCUGAGGAUGCAAGAAUUCAUCAUGGUUUGUUGAAUCAAGGGCAGACAGUGGUGGAGAGGAAAGUAAUAGAAGGCUUUAGGCUGGUGGAUGUUAUUCUUACUGGAGGUGCUCCAUGGGGAUUUACUUUGAAAGGUGGCAAAGAACAUGGAGAGCCCCUUAUCAUUACCAAGCAAGAACUGAUUGACAGUAUCAGCAAGAAGCUGCAGGUCCUGUGAGAUGCAAAAGAAACCCUGUUAGAAGAUAUCCAGUGUAACAAUGCUUUGGGGGAGGAGGUGGAGAUCAUUGUGAAAGAGGUCUGCAAACCAAAUGAAUUUGACAAGUUCAGGAUGUUCAUUGGAGAUCUAGAGAAAAUCGUCAAUCUACUGCUGUCACUUUCUGGGCGACUUGCUCGAGUGGAAAAUGCUCUUAAUAACUUGGAUGAGACUGUAUCUCCUGAUGAACGGAAAACCUUGUUGCAAAAGAGGAAAUUGCUUACAAGGCAGCAUGAAGAUGCCAAGGAAUUAAAAGAGAACCUGGACCGGCGUGAGCGUACUGUUUAUGAUAUUUUGGCGACUUACCAUAAUGAGGGAAAUCUUGCCGAUUAUGACCACUUUGUGAAGAUGAAGUCAGCACUCAUCCUUGAGCAGCGAGAGCUUGAAGACAAAAUCAAGCUUGGAGAGGAGCAGCUCAAAUGUCUUACCGAAAGUCUUCCAUCUGAUCGGAUCAAGUAAUAAUGGGACAAGUUAACUGGCCAAAUGGGGACUCCUGUCUCUGCCUUUUAUUGUCUGAAUUUUCCUAUGUGCAAAUUAGUAGCAUUAUUCAUGUUUCUGGACUUUUCACAAAAUGGAAAUACUAAUCUCUAGCAAUACCUUUGGUUUGAUUGGAUUGUACGGCAUAUUUAAUUUUCUAAACAUUUUAUUGUACAUACUAUGCCCUUAAUUUUAGACUCUCUAAACAUUCCUGAUAGAAUUGGAAGUUAAACUAUAUAUAUUGCUUUCCUUCUGAUGGCGAGCUCUGUUACACUAUUGCAUGUCUAAAGGUCUUUCUGUUGCUGAUCCAUUUACAAACAUCCAGCGUGCUAAAACCCCAGCAGCCAUUAAAUCAUGUGACAAAGAAAUGUGAUCUUUUUAGAUUUGAUGUAUGCAAUGUUUAAAGGGGACCUGUCACCCUAAAAAAUAAUUUCAAAUUCUUUUCUAUCAUGUUAGUUGAGCAAAAUAAACUUUACUUACACUGUA